GCCUGCUCUAUCCCCCCCAGUCUACGAGUAUCCAGGGUACACAUCCUGGUUACCAUAUUCUGCUCCCCAGGACUCUCCCAGAUCCUCAAGUAGACCUCUGAACAGUGAGUCUGCUCUCUAUUUACGCACUCUGGAUCAAAGCUCCGUGACGUCACUAUAGCUUAUAGCGAGUAUCGACGUCACAGCACAGAACCAGAACGCUGCGUUGUGAGAGCCAAUCAGCGCUGAGCUGCUCCGCUGUUGGAUCUAAUUGGCUGUUGCUGCUCUCGUGACGCUGGAUGCGGAAGUCAUUCACACCGGGGCGCUAGAUGUUGCGACGUGUGUGGCAUUUCCACAAGAAGUAUAACGUAGACAAAUUGGUUAAUUAUUCCGUGGCGGAUGGCGGAACAUAUUUUUCCACGGAGCAAAGUAACGGAGAUAAGCCACGCAACCCUCAAAUAUUCUGAUGUUUUAAUGACGUGGUUCAAUUAAGUACUCGCUCUCUUAAACUUUAAAUCUUGAAAGAAAUAAUGUGUUGUGUUUAAAUCUCAUAAAAGUUGAACAGAAUCUCACAAAACCAACUUUAUUAUCACUUAUGAAGUGAUAGGCUACUGUUUUUAAAUUGAUACAAAUCAUUUCUAACUUCUAUGCAGACUUGCAUAACAGUGAUGUGUGUGUGUGUGUGUGUGUGUGUGUGUGUGUGUGUGUGUGUGUGUGUGUGUGUGUGUGUGUGUGUGUGUGUGUGCUAAUUUAAUUAUGUCUCCAGGUGAGUCCUCUCGUAGUCACUGUACCACGGUUCAUACUCAUCACUAAGUCAAGUGAAACGGUCCUAAUUUCCUCCUCUCAACCUCAUCAGACAGGCAGUUCCGCUCCUCCACCCCCUCCAUCCCUCUGUUACUUUUUUAAAUAUAAAACACAAAAACCACAUCAUAGAAAACUCAACAACACAAUCCCUGAACACCAACAGAAUAAAAUUUUUUUUUAAAAAUCCUUAAAAUACAAUAGGUUCCUCUCCGACGGAGUCGUCACCUGGACCCUAAUAAAGAUUAAAUAAGAUGAAUUCAUCCUUCUCUGUUUCCUUAUCAUGCUUAAUCACCUGCAGUCAGUGGCCAGGCAGAUCUCAGCUCCGUGAGGAUUGGAUGCACCGUGGAGUGGGCGGGGCCUGCUCUGAUGCAUCACACACGUACCAGCACAGCAGGACAGAUCCUCUCUCUCCCACUCUCCCUCCCCCUUUCUCCACCUCUCGGUCUGCCUUUCAAACGUACGCCAGAGCGCAGACUGCAGCAGAACGCAGGGCCACUGGGAUUUUCCUCCUCGUACUGGAACAGCUGAGAAACCAGAGAGACAGUCACCCUGCGGAGGAGGAGAGACACGUUGUUCAUGGCGGAUCCACUGAGGAGUACCUGACCCACAAGCUGCCGAUUGUGUAAGUUUGCAUCUGGCUCUUAGAAGCAGUUGUGUGGACUCCUACACGCACGCAUCCUUCCUUUGGGACCGGCCCACUCCCUCCUCAUUUAAGGAUAGGAUGCUCUGCGCCCUUGUCCUGAGGAGGCGUCUGCGGGCAACAGUAUGGGCGCUGUGCUAGCCGGCAUCCCCACCACCGAUCUGCCACCACCACGCUGCCCCACCGAGACGGGCGCUUCCCCCAGCCCCGCUGAUGGGCGAAGACACUGACGCCACCCCGACGCUCAACCACCGCGGCUUCCUCCCCGACCACAACUAUGUGACUGAAGCUGACAUCAUCUCCACUGUUGAGUUCAACCACACUGGAGAGCUCCUGGCCACAGGGGACAAGGGGGGCCGAGUGGUCAUCUUUCAGAGGGAACCUGAGAGCAAGUCUGAGCCCUUCUCCCAGGGAGAGUACAAUGUCUACAGCACCUUCCAGAGCCAUGAGCCCGAGUUCGACUACCUUAAGAGUCUGGAGAUCGAGGAGAAGAUCAAUAAGAUCCGAUGGCUGCCUCAGCAGAACGCUGCACACUUCCUCCUCUCCACCAAUGAUAAGACCAUUAAGUUGUGGAAGGUGAGUGAAAGAGACAAAAGGCCGGAAGGGUACAACCUGAAGGAUGAGGAGGGUCGCAUCAAGGACAUGUCCACCGUCACCUCCCUACAGGUGCCGGUGCUGAUGCCAAUGGACCUGAUGGUGGAGGUGAGCCCGCGGCGAGUGUUUGCCAACGCCCACACCUACCACGUCAACUCCAUCUCCGUCAACUCCGACUAUGAGACCUACAUGUCGGCUGAUGACUUGAGGAUCAACCUCUGGCAUCUGGACAUCACCGACCGCAGCUUCAACAUCGUGGACAUCAAACCAACCAACAUGGAGGAUCUGACUGAGGUGAUCACGGCGGCUGAGUUUCACCCUCACCACUGUAACCUGUUUGUCUACAGCAGCAGCAAAGGCACGCUGCGCCUCUGUGACAUGAGGGAAGCGGCGCUGUGCGACAAGCACUCCAAACUGUUCGAGGAGCCCGAGGACCCGAGCGCCCGCUCCUUCUUCUCCGAGAUCAUCUCCUCCGUGUCGGACGUUAAGUUCAGCCACAGCGGUCGCUACCUGCUCACCAGAGACUACCUGACUGCCAAAGUCUGGGACCUCAACAUGGAGAGCAAGCCCCUGGAGACGUACCAGGUUCACGAUUACCUCCGCAGCAAGUUGUGUUCCCUUUAUGAAAACGACUGCAUCUUUGACAAGUUUGAGUGCGCCUGGAACGGCUCGGACAGUGUGAUCAUGACUGGAGCCUACAACAACUUUUUCCGCAUGUUCGACCGCAACACCAAACGGGACGUGACCCUGGAGGCGUCGCGGGAGAGCAGCAAACCCCGAGCGGUCCUGAAGCCACGGAGGGUGUGUGCCGCCGGGGGAAAGCGCCGGAAGGACGACAUCAGCGUGGACAGCCUGGACUUCACCAAGAAGAUCCUCCACACAGCCUGGCACCCGACUGAGAACAUCAUCGCCAUCGCCGCCACCAACAACCUGUACAUCUUCCAGGACAAACUCAACUCUGAGCUGCAUUAAUGAAGGGAUCACAGGGGUGGACACACACACGUUUACACCUGAACACAUCGCUAUGCCAGAAUGUACACAUUUACGGACAAACACACGCAGGAAUAUGCCUACCAAACACAAUCAGAAAACACACACACACCCACUCACAUCUGGGUCUACUUUUCAACACACUCCCUCACCUCCUCCCCAGCCUCCCGGAACUGAAAGGACCUAUAAAGGGCGAGAAAGGGAACGUUCUCGAUGACGGAUGAUGAAUUAUGGAUUUAAAAAUUGUCAGAACUGUGGAUUUCUUGAUUGUGCUUGAUUGCUACAAUUGAUAAACCCCCUCAGAUUGGAGAGACGUUUACAUAUUUGUCGUUUAUUUUUUGUUUUGUUCUCUGUGGCUAUUUUGCUUUCUCCACCUCCUCCUCCUCUCCCUCUUGUAUUUGUGUGAGUGAGCGAAGCCGAUUCUUAUCCCUUGCCCACUGUUUGUGGUUGUCAACCAGUGGCACUGAGGAACAUUGGGGCAUUUAUGUAACUGGCUGUUUGUUUGAUCCAAAUCAGCUACCCCUCUGCUGUUUUUGUAACUUCUUCUCAAAUUAUGUUUACGAUGGUAAUUAUGAUGACAAUGACAGUUUAAAUUGAUACGUGAAAUGUGCAAGGAUGAAUUCAGGACCCUCUCCUUAACCCAAGUGCACCCAGACGCCUCUGAGCUCAACUGGACCUUGUUCAGUUUGGUGGAAUAUUUGCAGUCCUGCAGAUUGAAGCAAACGUUACGCCAUGGCCUGAUAUGAGGACACACACUCAUAUCCGUUCACACAGUGUGUUUCAGUCAUUAAUGUUGUCUCUGGCCUUUCAACUUCUCUGAUUGUGGAUUCUGCUUCUGGUCUGGGGCUACGUCGUGUGCUACUUUGCCGUUAAAAUACAACUCAAAGAGCAACACGAAAAAAAGCAAUUGAAAAUGAACUAAAUAAUUUAAACAAUCAAGCAAAAGGAUGCUGCAUGUAAAACCGAUUUAGCCUAGGUGUUUUUAAAUUGACUGACUGACUUGGCUGCCUUCUUAACUACUUAGACCAAGCUGUACAAAGGCUUCAGGGCCCCCGGGGCCCCAUGCAGGACGAGUAACCAUAGAUGACUGAGCUCUCCUACCUUUAUUUGUGUCUUCGGACAUUGAAGCAUGUUUACCAGUGUUCGGUUCAUACACUUACAUGUACAUUUUGAAUGAAGCCAUCCAAGAAUCAGUUUCUACUCAACUGAAACUGAGAAUCAAGAAUAAUGGGGAAUGUUUCUAUUAAUGUUGUUCUCUAAAACAAAAAACAAAAAAACAAAGGGCCUAGUGUCUGUAUAUAUCAACUCUGUAACUCUGUUUUUUACAUGUUUGUUUUUUUCAAAUGUGUUUUUACCAUCUUUCAAUGGAUCGCAUUUUUUAUCAUCUCCAUCAAUGAUUGCCUCCAAAUACACAGCAGAGAUGGUACUUCAAUCUCCUCGGCCUUCCUCACUGAUUACUUUGCUGAUGUGCAGAAGCAGUUCGUUCUUUAUUAUUUCUUUAUUCUUCCUUUAUUUAUUUCGUAAAUUUUACUCCACCACAUCCUGACCAAACUAAUGUUGAUUCACACAUUUUUGUGUUCAUGUAUGUUGCUGACACAAUUGUCAAACGGACAGUUAUAAAUAAUGUUAAUAUGUUUUUUUCUGAAUAAAGAUUUCAAAGAAAUUGCA